AUGGCGGCCUCGGCCGGCGGCCGGGCGCGGCGGGGCGGGCGCUGGCUCUCCCGGGGCGCCGCCCUCCUGCUGCUGCCCGCCCUGCUGGCGCUCUCACCCCCGUCAGUUGAACAUUUGCUUCGAGUACCAAGAGGUUUCCGCUUGACUCAAGAUGCAGUGAAAAUAGUGGGCUCGACGAACUUCCCAGUGAAAGUAUACGUUAUGCUGCAUCAGAAGAGUCCGCAUGUGUUGUGUGUGACCCAGCGACUGCGAAACUCUGAGCUGAUAGACCCGUCAUUCCAGUGGCACGGGCCCAAAGGAAAGAUUAUUUCAGAGAACAGCACUGCGCAGGUGACAUCCACAGGAAGUCUUGUGUUUCAGAACUUUGAGGAAGGCAUGAGCGGAGUCUACACAUGCUUCCUCGAGUACAAGCCCAGCGUGGAGGAGAUUAGUAAAAAUAUUCAACUGAAAUAUGUUAUUUAUGCUUAUCGUGAGCCUCAUUAUUAUUACCAGUUCACGGCGCGUUACCACGCAGCUCCUUGCAAUAGUAUUUAUAAUAUUUCUUUUGAGAAGAAACUUCUUCAGAUUUUAAGUAAAUUGGUUCUUGACCUUUCGUGUGAAGUUGCCUUGCUUAAAUCUGAGUGUCAUCGUAUUAAAAUGCAAAGAGCUGGCUUGCAAAAUGAGUUGUUCUUCACAUUUUCAGUUUCAUCUUUAGAUGCUGAAAAAGGACCCAAGCCAUGUUUAGACCAUAGCUGUGAGGCCUCCAAAAGGCUGUCAAAGGCCAAAAAUCUCAUAGAGAGGUUUUUUCACCAACAAGUGGAAGUUCUUGGCAAACACGCAGAGCCCCUGCCGGAGAUAUAUUACAUUGAAGGCACGCUGCAGAUGGUGUGGAUUAACCGCUGCUUCCCGGGCUACGGCAUGAACCUGCUCAAGCACCCGCGGUGUCCGGAGUGCUGCGUGAUCUGCAGCCCUGGAUCUUACAACCCCCGGGACGGGACUCACUGCCUGCAGUGCAACAGCAGCCUGGUGUAUGGUGCCAAAGCGUGUCUGUAGGCUAGCAUCGUGACCUACUCGGUGGCCUAUUGAGCAUAAAUGUAUAUUUUUAAAUAUGGAUAUAUGAUAAAUCACUAUUAUGCUAAAAUUAAACAUAUAGAUUUUGCAAAAA